CGCCUCUCCCUACGGAAAGAAGCGACACGAUUGGCUGCUGCAGACGUCAGACUCGCGCCACUUCUUGCACCGCGACCUGGGGAGAACCGCAAGCUGCAAGUGAAUGAAUACUGGUCUCCGGUGAUAGUGAAGUGAUUAAACCGUGAAUUUAAAUUGCGUUUUGGUCCGUUGGUACCUUUUAGGAUUUUGGAAUCAAGUUAUCUAACCUAAGGGUCAACGUCUGCAGCCAUGGCUCGUAAGGAUUAUGCAGCAGAGAAAGACAAAUGCAAAAGGUUCCUGCAGGAGUUUUACACCGAGGAUGACAAUGGGAAGAAGGUGUUCAAAUAUGGAGCUCAGCUUGUGGCGCUGGCCCACAGGGAGCAGGUGUCUUUCUAUGUGGAGCUGGACGAUGUGGCCGAGGAAGACCCCGAGCUGGUGGAGAGCAUCUGUGAGAAUGCCAAGCGCUACACGGGCCUGCUCGCUGACGCCGUCCACGAGCUGCUGCCAGAGUACAAAGAAAGAGAUAUUGUGGCCAAAGAUUCUUUGGAUGUAUACAUUGAGCACAGGCUGAUGAUGGAACAGAGGGGCCGUGACCCUGCGGACACCCGAGACCCUCGAAACCAAUACCCACCUGAACUCAUGAGGAGAUUUGAGCUGUACUUUAAGCCUCCCACCACUGCUAAACCCAAAGUGGUGCGUGAUGUACGAGCGGACAGCAUCGGGAAUCUGGUGACUGUUCGAGGCAUAGUGACCCGGGCAACUGAGGUCAAACCAAUGAUGGCCGUCGCGACAUACACGUGUGACCAGUGUGGCGCUGAGACCUAUCAACCAAUCCAGUCUCCCACCUUCAUGCCCCUCGUGAUGUGUCCCAGCCAAGAGUGUGUCACCAACAAAUCUGGAGGUCGACUCUACCUGCAGACCAGAGGCUCCAAAUUUGUCAAGUUCCAGGAGCUGCGUAUUCAGGAACAUAGUGACCAGGUACCCGUCGGAAAUAUUCCAAGGAGCAUGUCCAUUUACGCCCGCGGAGAAAACACACGUCUUGCCCAGCCAGGAGACCAUGUAGCCAUCACCGGAGUCUUUCUCCCUCUUCUGCGCACAGGCUUCAAACAGGCUACUCAGGGUCUUCUGUCAGAAACUUACCUGGAGGCUCAUAGCAUCACACUCAUGAACAAGUCUGAGGAUGAUGAGCUCGGCAACGACGAUCUGACUGAUGAGGAGCUGCGCAGCAUCACAGAGGAAGGAUUUUAUGAGAAACUAGCUGGCUCAAUAGCACCAGAGAUCUAUGGACAUGAAGAUGUAAAGAAGGCGCUGCUGCUGCUGCUGGUUGGAGGGGUGCAACAGGCACCUAAAGGCAUGAAAAUCAGAGGGAACAUAAACAUCUGCCUGAUGGGAGACCCAGGAGUCGCCAAGUCCCAGCUGCUGUCCUACAUUGACCGCCUGGCUCCUCGAAGCCAGUACACAACAGGUCGCGGUUCAUCUGGCGUCGGUCUGACUGCAGCGGUGAUGCGUGACCCCGUAACUGGAGAAAUGACCCUGGAAGGUGGAGCCUUGGUGCUAGCUGACCUGGGCGUCUGCUGCAUUGACGAGUUUGACAAGAUGGCUGACGCUGACCGCACAGCCAUCCACGAGGUGAUGGAACAGCAGACCAUCUCCAUCGCUAAGGCCGGCAUCAUGACCUCCCUCAACGCCCGUUGCUCUAUUCUAGCAGCAGCCAACCCCGCCUAUGGCCGCUAUAAUCCCCGGAAGAGCCUUGAGCAGAACAUUCAGCUCCCAGCUGCUCUGCUCUCCCGUUUCGACCUGCUUUGGCUGAUCCAGGACAAGCCGGAUGCCGACGCUGACCUGCGUCUGGCCCAGCACAUCACCUACGUGCACCAGCACUGCCACCAGCCGCCCACUCACUUCACCCCCAUAGAUAUGAAGCUGAUGAGGCGUUACAUCGCUGUGUGUAAGAAGCGGCAGCCUAUGGUGCCAGAGGCGCUGGCUGAUUACAUCACUGCUGCUUAUGUAGAGAUGAGGAAAGAGGCUAGAGUCAGCAAAGACACCACCUUCACCUCCGCCCGAACCCUCCUCUCCAUCCUCCGACUGUCCACUGCCCUGGCUCGCCUUCGCAUGAUGGAGACCGUGGAGAAGGAAGACGUCAACGAGGCAAUGAGACUGAUGGAGAUGUCAAAGGAUUCACUACAAGCUGACAAGUCCAACACCACAAGGACACAGCGUCCGGCCGACGUCAUCUUCUCUCUGGUGCGAGAGCUCUCCACAGAGGGCGUGGCAGGCCGCGGUGGAGCCGGUGGGGUGGUUCGCAUGGCUGAAGCGCAGCAGCGUUGCAUCUCUCGUGGCUUCACCCCUGACCAGUUCCAGGAGGCGUUGGAGGAGUACGAGGAGCUGAAUGUGUGGCAGGUCAACCAGGCUCGCAGCCGCAUCACCUUUGUCUGAAGAAACCUGGGACAUGUCUUUAUGCACGCUGUGUUUCAGCCACCUGAGGGGAAAACUCUUUAUUGAGGGCUUUCUACAGACAUAUUGGGGGGUCUGCAUUUUUUCCCCCUUCAGCAUUUUGUAACACAAGUCAAGCCGAACUCAAACAUUUUUUUGAGCAUGACUAUUUUGCAAGAAUCCCUGCUGUUUGUAGUGUUUUUAUGUUGACAUUCCUGUUCACCAGUAUAUCUCUUGUAAAUAUGUAUGUCAGAAGUUGGGCUCGUGUAGUAUCUGCAAAUUAGAGCUUAAAACUUGUUUUUGACACGAAGCAUUUCUGUAUAUUUUACCCACUGUCGGGCAAAUUGAGCAAGGUAAAUUAACGUUGAGCCUUGUAUUGUGACGCAUAGUUAUAAUAAAUUGAUGGUUCAAUACUAA